AUGUCACAUUUCGUCGCUUCCACAUUCUGGCCCAGGCCAAUCCACUGCGAGUCGGCACCGCCAUCAGAGCAGAAGAGCAAACCGAUCCCAGCAAAUGCACAACCCGUGAAUGGCCAUGGCAAUGGGCAAUACGGCGUCUACUGGAUCCCCCACUUGCCUGGGGAGGGACGAUUUGUCGUCAAUGCAAAACUCUACUCGCGUCAAGAUGCCGAUCCAACGUUCCAGGAGCACAUGGAAAAGUUCCGUCAAGAGGUGGCUGCCUCUUCGCCUGGUAUGCUCUCGUACAAGACGUCGGUGGUGCGCGGUGCAACGGACAAGGAGAACCUCAUCUGCCACGAUCUCAUGAUCUCAGACGACUUGGAACCGCAUCCCGUACCCAAGGAUAAGGAGCAGAAAGAAGAGCUAGCAGCAGCACGGCUCAAAGAAAUCCAGGAUGAAAAGAAGCAGAAGCCUGUCAAAAGUGCUUUGGCCGAGAUUGGCAAGUCGGCCUACAGUUUUGGUCUUGGUGGUAUUGCAGGUUCUACCGGUGCUACGCUUGUCUAUCCCAUCGAUCUGGUCAAGACGCGUAUGCAAAAUCAGCGAUCUUCUGUGGUCGGUGAACCGCUCAUGUACAAGAACUCGAUAGACUGCGUCAAGAAGGUAUUCCGCAACGAAGGCCUGCGUGGCUUCUACUCUGGUCUUGGUCCUCAGCUGCUCGGUGUAGCUCCAGAAAAGGCUAUCAAGCUGACUGUCAACGAUCUGGUGCGAGGCCACGCAAAAGAUCCCAUCACAGGUGCCAUUACGCUGCCAUGGGAGCUAUUUGCCGGUGGUGCUGCCGGUGGUUGCCAGGUCGUGUUCACCAACCCGCUCGAGAUUGUCAAGAUUCGUCUGCAAGUGGCCGGUGAGAUCGCCAAGGCCGAAGGCGGUGAUCGUGUUGCUCGAGGUGCCGUGCACAUUGUGCGACAGCUGGGUCUGGUCGGCCUGUACAAGGGAGCAACAGCAUGUCUGUUGCGAGACAUCCCUUUCUCGGCCAUCUACUUCCCUGCUUACGCCCACUUGAAGAAGGAUACCUUCCACGAGGGUAAGGACGGCAAGAAGCUCGGAUUCGGUGAGAUGCUUGCAUCUGCAGCCAUCGCUGGCAUGCCCGCGGCUUUCCUCACGACGCCAGCGGAUGUGAUCAAGACGCGUCUGCAAGUCGAGGCGAGAAAAGGCCAGGCGACGUACAAGGGUAUCGUCGACUGCGCUACAAAGAUCAUGGCUGAAGAGGGUCCCAAGGCCUUCUUCAAAGGCUCGUUGGCACGUGUGCUGCGAUCCUCGCCUCAAUUCGGUGCGACGCUGGUGGCUUACGAAUACCUGCAAAAAUUCCUGCCGUAUCCAUUCGAGGAACAGCAAGUGGCCGACAUUCUGCGUGAUGGUGUUCCAGGCGAAGAUCCUUCACGUACUCACGCUAGACGAGCCCUCCAACUGCUCCUCGAGAUGCAUGAAGACUUUGGCCGUCCUCCUUCUACCAUCGCCACGGCCGCUAGUGCCAAAUAA